GUUAAUACUAUUGCAGUUAGAAUUCCUGGCUCUGAAGCCUCCAAAAAUUUUGUCCGCAAUGAAAUACGGAGUUACUUCAGUUACUUUGGUCUGCCACAUCUUUUUUUUACUUUCAAUCCCAGUGCCGCUCACAGUCCCAUUUUUCAGGUAAUGUAUGGUGACAGUUCUGUGGACCUUACCAGUCAUUUCCCUCGGUUGAUUGCUGGCCGCGAGCAUGCACUUCGCCUAGCACAUGACCCUGUUGCUGCUGCAGAUUUUUUCGAGUUUUCUUGGAGAUGUUGUUUUGAAUACCUUUUGGGAUGGGAUUUCAAAGCUGGGAAGUCUAGUGCAGCAGGUGGUCUCUUUGGUCAUAUAUGUGCUUUCUAUGGAUCAUCUGAA